GCUUGCGCAAGAACUCCUCCACGCUCUCCCACUCCUGCGUGGCUAGGGCAGAGAACGCCCCGGCUGGCGGGUCGCUGUCCUCAACACCAGGCUUCACCCUCUUCCUCCCCCGCCCUUGACGCCAUCCUGUCCCUCCGCCCUUCGGUACUGGGAGCCUGGACGCUCCGAACCCACACCCCCUCUCCGCGCUGCGUCACAGAGAGGCUUGUGACGGCCCCGCCCGCCAGAAGUAUCGCGCGCGGAGGUCGGUGCUGCGCGUGACGCGGCACUGGGGCGGAGGGCGAGAGCGCGAGCGAGUGCGAGCGAGGGCGAGAGCGAGCUCGCUGGAGAGGAGGCGAAAUCGAGGCGCCGAGGAGUGCGUCUGGUCCGGUCCGGUCUGGUCCGCGAAGAUGUCCGUUUGACACUGUCCAGACUAUUUUGACCAUGGAUGGUGAGGAAAUACCAGACUUUUCAAGUUUAAAGGAGGAAACUGCUUAUUGGAAGGAACUUUCCUUGAAAUACAAACAAAGUUUUCAGGAAGCACAGGAAGAGCUGGUUGAAUUCCAAGAAGGAAGCAGAGAAUUAGAAGCAGAAUUGGAGGCUCAGCUAGUUCAGGCUGAACAAAGAAAUAGAGACUUACAAGCUGAUAACCAAAGAUUGAAAUAUGAAGUAGAAGCAUUAAAGGAGAAACUAGAACAUCAGUAUGCACAGAGUUAUAAGCAGGUCUCUGUUUUGGAAGAUGAUUUGAGUCAGACACGAGCCAUUAAAGAACAAUUACAUAAGUAUGUAAGAGAGCUGGAGCAGGCCAAUGAUGACCUGGAGCGAGCAAAAAGGGCCACAAUAGUUUCGCUGGAAGACUUUGAACAAAGGCUGAAUCAAGCCAUUGAACGAAACGCAUUUUUGGAAAGUGAACUUGAUGAAAAGGAAUCUCUGCUGGUCUCUGUACAGAGGCUAAAGGAUGAAGCAAGAGAUUUAAGACAAGAACUAGCAGUGCGUGAAAGGCAACAAGAAGUAACCAGAAAGUCAGCUCCUAGUUCUCCAACUCUAGAUUGUGAAAAAAUGGAUUCUGCUGUUCAGGCAUCCCUUUCUUUGCCAGCCACUCCUGUGGGGAAAGGGACAGAGAACAGCUUUCCUUCACCAAAAGGUAUACCAAAUGGUUUUGGUACCAGCCCACUAACUCCUUCUGCAAGGAUAUCAGCAUUAAACAUUGUAGGGGAUCUCUUGCGGAAAGUGGGGGCCUUAGAAUCCAAAUUAGCUGCUUGCAGGAAUUUUGCAAAGGAUCAAGCAUCACGGAAAUCCUAUAUUUCAGGGAAUGUUAAUUGUGGCCUGGUGAAUAGCAACAGCACAAAGUUCUCUCGUUCAGGGCAUGCAUCUUUCUUUGAUAAAGGGACAGUAAAUGGCCUUGACCAAGUUCCUGCAGCUGGUCUGGGCUCCUCCAGACCAUCGUCUGCUCCAGGUAUGCUGCCUUUGAGCGUGUGAGCACCCGGUGUCCAGGUGGAGGACUCAGCCUUCCACUGAUGAACAAGGAUAUACCUGCGCCUCACCUGUCUGUGCCCACACCUGCAAGGCCCAGCUCAUGCCCUUGUAUCCACCUGCCUUCCCGUAGCCAGCAGAUGGUAUGCCAGCUGCAUGCCAUGGCAAACACCGUGCCCACUGCCCUGCAGGACUCUGCUCGAUGUUAACCCUGGUUAUUUUCUCUUCUCACCAUAGUGCCCAUUGGUUUCACAUGAUUGCACUUUCGUGGGUCACAAGCUGAUACGUGUAUUACUUGGUUUCUCUGGAUACAGAAGUUCUCCCUCACCCCACUCAGCCCCUGCAGCCCUUCCUUGCUGUUCCAGUAGGAGUCAUUUGAGUGUAGGACCAGUGCAAAUCUUGGAGUUCUCUAAAAGAUCACAUUGAUGUAUGUCCUUCACCACAGCUUCUCCAUCCCCACCCCUACCCUACAGCAUCUCUCCUCCUGCCCCCCAAAAAGGGUCUUUUAUAACAAAAGACUUGUAUUUUGGGGCCUCACUUCUGUCCCAUAUUCAUGAUAGUCAUGGACACAGGGCACGUUUUUCCUGUACCUUCUGAAGUCUUUUGAGCAGUUAGCAUUUCUCUAGGCUCCCAUCACCAAGAGCAGCAUUUAGUCCUGGCUCGUGGACAGCGAUGAACAGGGUCCCUAGGAAGCCCUAGGGGCUGUGUUCUGGAGGACUUUGCAGCUGUGAGGUGUGUCUCCUUCUCUCUGUGCCUCAGACUUGGUGGGGUUGACUACCCCCUCACCAGCUUUCCGGAUCCUUCAGUUAAAAACACUGUCUUCAGAGCACUUUUGUUUUGUUCUCAGUGGGCCUAACCAGUUGAAUUGGGAGGAGUUGAGUGGCCCGUCUCCAAGGGGUAAGGAGAAGACUGCCUCUCAGAAGGGUAGGACUUUACGUGUUCUUCCUGUCCAUCCUUUGAUUAUUCACAUGCUGCAUUUACUGUUUACAUUUUUUUUUGUAUAUAGGUUUGUAAACAUACUUGCCUGAGAUAUUUGUGCAUAACUUGGGCUUUGUAGCUUUAUUUAUUCAGAAUCCAUUUGGCAUGUUUAAUGACUUGGGAUGGUGUCCUACAGGGCAGCUGUGUAAGAUCAUCAUGUGAUUUAAAAAAUAACAAAACACUUCUCAUCAAAAUAAAGAUCUUUUUUUGUGGAAACAGUGAAUUUUACAGAAAAAGAAGAUUGAAGUUGGUUUAUUGCGUGUAUGAGAGAAAGCAAAAGCUGGAGAAUACCAAUGACUCAAGAAGUUCAAAUCCAUGACGCAAUAAAUCAGAAAGAGGAAUUAACUUCCUCUGUGCAUGGGGCUUCCCUAAGGGUGUAAGGGCAGAUAUAGGAGAAAGAAGAGUCCCAGUUUUUGUUUUGAGGGGCAUAUUCCUUGUUCCCUUUUUCUCUUCUUGCCACCUAUGCCGAUGAAAUGAGUGAUCCUUAACCUCAAGAUCAGAAGCAGACAGAGGAUGACCAUGAAGUCUUGUGAGAAAAUUCCUACCAUGUGCUUGUUACGGUUAGAUAGGGUGAAUCUCACCAUCAUUUUUUUCAUCAAGUGAGGUGUUACCCACUUUUGAGGUCAUCCAAACUAGACUUCUUAGAUUCCAACUCAGAAUUUUCACCUCAUCUCUCACCAGGUGAGAGGAGGUUCCAGGUAUUUGAUAGCAGUAACAAGACCAGCCUCAGAAACCUGCAGACUGGAUGCUUACAGCUCUCACACAACAGGCUUUGAAUACUACUUUUGUUACAACAGAUGAACUCAGCAUUAAGAGCAAGCAGAAACUAAAAUGCUAAAUAAAUAAGCAAUAUCAAGUAAUAUUUCACAUUUGUAAAAAAAUAAAAUAUUAUGCAAGUAGUCUUUGCUUUUAGACAUACUGCAUUCUUUUAGAGUCUGGAUUUUAAACAAGUUUUCCACAAGAUAGAAUCCUGACAUCAUAUGCACAGGUAUCUUCUGUAGCAGCAAGGGAAGAUGGUAUGCUAUUAAGGCAUCAAUGAAAAAUGAGGCCUACUUAUUUUCAUGGAUGGAAUCCUAUUCAUUUAAAGUUGCAGCCUUGCUAGUGAAGGAAUAUUGUCUUCUACCUUACAGUUUUUAAGGGUUGGAUCCUAUUUUAAUGGGUGCUACCAUGGACAAAUAAGUUCUCAGAGUUUUUGUGAAGAAAGUGCUUUUUAAACAUCAUCAUACAUAUACGUGAAUUAUUAUUAGACUUGGUGAUCAUGGUACGGUGGAAACAACUAUUUGGAGUCAGAAGACCUGGGUUCUAAAUUAAUUGUAUCACUUUGGGCAAGUAACUUCUCUGGGUCUCAGGUUCUUCAUCUGUAAAAUGGAGAAGGUCAGACUAGAUAAUUUCUAAGGGUCCUUCUAGUUCUAAAAUUUAUUCUCUCUGAGGUUUCUUCCACCUUUGAUAUUCAGUGAUUCCCAGUAGCCUUUUGUAGUGUUGGCUGUGCUCAUUAACUUUUUAUAUAGCUAAGGCCCCUUCAUUUUCCAGAGCAGAAAUAAUCAUUUCUUCUUUCCCUCCUGCUUCACAAUGCUAUUUCUCUCCACAUCAUUAGAUUCUACCCUUCUGCUCAUGUCAGACUUUUCAAGUACCUGCAUAAUUCACUUUUCUUUCUAAGAAGCCAAUCUGAUAACCUCAGUCAAUAAACAGUAAACAUUUAUUAAAUCCAUUCCCUCUCAUCCUGCCACCAAGACGUCGUUAGCUGUCACAGCCAUGAGCCCCUGUUCAUUGUCUGCUGCAUGUACAGCAUUCACUUCAUCACCUGUAUUGUUCAUCCAGCUAGUUCUGCUUGCUGAUGUCAUGCAAGAACAGAUUGAUGUUAUGAGCACUGGGUUGGGAGUCGGAGGUUUUUGGUUUGAAUCCCACUCAGCUACUUCCUGCCUUUACAGCCCUGGGCAAAUCAUUAAGGAAGGCUGUUUUCCUCAUCUGUAUAAUGAGGGGGAUGACCUAGGUGACUUUUUAAGGUCCUUUUUAGCUUUAAAUCUAUGUGUGAAUCUGGUAUUUGUAGCCCCAAAACACACUGCCUUGCAAGGGGGUAAACUAAAAGAGGUUGUCUUUCUUAGUUAUUAAAUAAUGAGUGUAAGUUUACCAUAUUUUGGCCUGGAAUUUUAUUGCAACAUCUCCUUAGCAUUUUCCUCUAUAUAAACACCUGCUUAUUGAUACCAUCAGGGAUGCUUUCCAGGAACUUGACUGUCAGUUGCCACUUUUACAAAUUUUCCUUGACUAGAGAAGUUGCUGGUGACCAAUUGAUGAGAUUCAUAUUAUUAAGAGCAGAGAUCUAGUGGUCAGCUGAGGCUUCAGAGAACAAUCUCUUUCAGAUGAUACAAUAUAGCUAAGAAACAAAGAGGAGCAGGGGGACAGGCACAUUUUCAUUAAUAAAAUACUAUUAAAAGAAUGGUAAUUUGUUACUCUUUAUUAAUGUAAGACCUGUGCUGCUGGAAGGCAAAGGUAAAUAAAGAUAGCUCUUGCUUUGAUCUAGUAAUAGAGAUAGACAUGUACACAGUUAAAUGUAGUAAAACUUAGAGUGUGCUGAGUGCCUAGGAAAUCAGUGCUAUGAGAGAGAUCACUUCUGGGGGCGGGGGAGGAUUGUAGAAAAUGGCUGGCAUCUGAGUUAGAUCUUGAAAGAUGAGCCUCUAAAGACGAGUAUUUGGGUGAGGUGUUUCACAGAGGGCAGUUUUAAAAGGGCUGGAACACUGGGAAGAAUGGAAUGUAUUCAGGGGUGGGGAAUAUAGCUAAGUUUGACUGUAGUGAACUGUCUUUGGAGAUGGGGUUGGAGCCACAUUAUUAGGGGCCAUGAAUUCUAGGCUGAGAAAAUUAUAUUUCAUUUAAGGGGCGGUUUGGGAUACAUUAAGGUUUUUUGACAUACCCAAUUUAGAAAGUUACUCUGUCAGUGUCAUGAAGGAUGGAUGGAAAGGGCAGGAACGGACAUUGAGAGAUUAGUUAGGCUCAUAUGAUGAUACAUAUGAGAAGUAAUCAGGUCCUGAGCUAAAGUGGCUUCUAUGGAAAGGGUAAGGAGGGAAAUGUUUGUAAAGUUGUAUCAUUGAAAGAAUUGGGAACCUAAACGGGUGUGUGAGACAAAAGAGAAGAGUCAGAGAUGACUUUUGAAGUUCCAAGUGGAGUGGUUGGGGAGGGGCAGUUGAAGUCAGGAGGAAAAGGUUUAGUGGGGUAAGUUCAGUCAGUUGGCAAGCACUUGUUAACACCUAAACAAGUGUGCUGGAGAUACAACAAAAACAAAACAGUCUCUAACCACAAUUAGCUUAAUUUUUAUAAAGAAUAUAAUAUUUAAGUUAGACAUAAAGUAAAUAUAAAUAAUUUUGUGGAGGAGGCAGUAGGAACUGGGGAAACCAGGGAGGCUCUACAUGGCUAAUGUUUUGCAUGACUUUACGUGUAUAAUGGGCACUGUAUUUCUUGUCUCCUCAGUGUCCCUCAGGGGAGAGUGAAGAAAUGGGGAGAAUUUGUAACUGAAAAUAAUAACUUUUAAAAAAUAAGAGAUGGUAGCUGGACUGAAGUUUUAAGGAAGUUAGGAAUUCUACAAAGUGGAAGAGGGAAGGGAAUGCAUUCUGAACAUGAGGGAUGGCUUGUGCAGGGCAUGUAGAUGGUAGAAUGUUGCGUGUGAAGAAUGGCAAGCCAGUUUGGCUGGACCAAUUAAGUGUCUAGAGGGGAGUAUAGGGUAUUUAUUGAAUGUGGAAAAACAGACAAGCCAGAUUAUAAAGGGAUUUAAAUGUCCAAAGAAUUCGUAUCCUAUCCUAGAGGCUGUAGGGAGCCAUUGGAAUUUUUUGAGCAGGGGAGUGACGUAGUCAGACUUGGCAACUGAUUGGCUAUGGGUGGGUGGGAGGAGGUAGAGUUGAAGAAGACUCCAGGGCUCUGGACCAGGGUGACUUGAAGUUUAAUGGUGCCUUUAUCAGAGGAGGCAGGAAGAGGGAUACAGUGAGCAUUGAGAGAAAUGAGUUGUCUUUCAGAUAUAUUAAUUUGAGAUGUCUACUGAACAUCCACUUGGAAAUGUCUACUAGUUACAUUUGCCUUUGGACAUCACUUAGUUUUUCAUUUAUAUUGUUAUAGUCAUUAUAUUUCUUGUUUUCUUGAUUCUACUUAUUUCACUCUGAAUAAGUUCAUACGUCUUCCCAUAAUUCUCUGAAUUCUUUAUGUUCAGUAUGUCUUACAGUAUAGUAAUACACCAUUCCAUGUGCCACCUUUUGUUUAGUCAUUCUCCAGUGAUCGGUAUCUCCUUUCCAGUUCUUUGCUGCCAGAAAAAGCCUCACCUGUUUAUUCACAGCCCUGGCAGGAUUUCUUUGUUCCACCGUAUAGAAAAUAGUAACACUAGCUGACAUCUAUUGGCGCUUUAACUUCACCAGCAGCUUGUUUCUCAGCAGUUUGUCUCACUUUUUUUGUUGUUAAUUUGUUGGGUAAUAUCAGAGGCAGGACGCAGUGGGUCAUGCAAGGGGCUGCCCUCAGGAUUUGGCUGGUGAAGAUGAGGGCUUAAACCACUGCUUCUUUGUUGCCUGAGGCAUAAAAAGGUAGGCCCGUAAGGAGCCGAUGUGCUAAAAGAUUUAGCAGAAUUCCCACUCUCUUUCUAAAUAGCCUCCUAACUCAGCUCUUCUGCCAUGGUGAACACUGAGGUGGGGGUAAAAAAAAUCUGUUUUCAUUAAUAAUUAUAUCUCUAAAAAACUUAUAAGUAAAUCUGUUAUUUCAUUUUAUGGUUCAUGAAUAUUUUGAUGCCUUCCAAUUCUAAGCCUGACCCAAAACGUUUGAUGUUAGGAUUGAAUAAAUGCCUUUGUGGUUGAAAUAAAGGGGUACUGCAGAAGGGACCCUUAGGUGAUUGAAUGACCAAUUCCAAGAAUUUGUUACCUUUGGUACGUUGAGGCUGCCAAUGGGCAACUCUUUCAGAGGAAGAAAUGGGACCCCCACUGACGCUGUAGGCUUUGCCCGAUGGAUGGGUGCUUAAGGGUUGACAAGAGAGCAAGUGUAUUGCAAGUAGUUCUUGUUAAGGUUUUUACAAAGGCUGUAUUGCCUGGAUAAGGAAAAUGAAAAUAUUUGAAAUGAAAAUUUUUACACGUUCAGCAAUUAGACAGAUAUGGAUGUGUUUUUGUUUUUUAAGAACUGUGCCUUGAAGGCAGAGGGGUAGUUUAUGGACUUAGUAACAGCACAGGACAGGGCUGAUGAAGGCUCAAUACAUGGUCUCAGACCCAGAGGUGGUUUUGCUUAAGAAUGUGUCGAAUCUCACUGAGAUUGGGGCUCUAAGGAAAGAGGAUAGAAAGAAGAGUGAGGAUGAGAAUUGGGAAUAGGUAUCAUUGGUAAGAGAACCUCAAGCUUAAGAGAGGGUGGGGAGUACUCUGUUAAAGCCCCCUUAGGGAAAGGGAACUUCCUUCCUAGAGUCAGAAGGUGCAUGGGCUUUUACCAGCAAGGAACUUGGGUGGCUAUAUUAGAAAUCUAAACAGCAGGUUGUCAGAACAAUAUAUGACGCACUGGUGGGAAUUCCAACAAAACUCUAGCAAAUGAGCUCCCUGUUGGUUGAGCCCUUAAUGGCAAGAAGGCAAUGCCAGUAAUUCAGACCCUAAUCUUCCAGACCGGAGCUUUCAAACUCAGGGCCUUUGGGCUGUGUCUGGGUGGCAAAACUCUCCAGUACAGCCUGAACAAGUUUAAAAUGUAAUUGGGAAGUGUUUAACAAAAUGAAUAAAAAUUCAAUAAAAUAUCAUGUUAAUUUUCAGUUUUCUAAGUCAAUGUGCAGCCUGAAGGAAUCCACUUCUAUUUGAGUUUGAUAUCCCAGUCCCGGGCUGACCUGAGGAUGGCCUCCUCCCCUCCAUGAAGGGAAACCAUUCCAGCCUCUGAAACAUGCCACCCUUACCCUAAUGGUGUGUUUAUUAAGUUUAUAACUUAAUAUUAAAAUUAAUAGAACCAAGUUAGCUUGCUUUGAAACUAAUUGUGUUUAAUGAAUUUCAGCAUAAAAUAUUGAAACUGUACAAGAUUCUUACUUUGUCCAUUCCCAUUCACUUUUCUCCUGUGGUCAUGGUAGAUACUGUUUUUUUUUCCUCCCACUUCGCAUUAUUUGAGAUGUAGAAAACCUUUACAUAUCCAUGGUGCAGUGGGAAAAAAGUGUUGGAUCUGGAGUCAGUGGAUACAGUGCCUAUGUGGCUGACCGUGAGCUUUAACUUUAACUUCCCUUCCUCAUUUGUAAAGUGAGGCAGUUGUACUAGGUGACUGGGAUCUCUCUGAUCCUAUAUUCUUAUUGAGCCUCAGUUUACAGAUAAAAAACUUAGAACUAAAGAACUUUGACUUGCUCAAGGUCACGGUAAACGUUAGAGCUAAAACCCAGGUCCUUUGACUCCAGAUCCCCCAGUGUACCAUGAAGCCGUUCCGUAUUUCCAUGAUUCCUCAUUCUUGUUGAUUUCAGUCGCAUUGCGUUAUUUGGUCAUUAUGCCAUGUUUGCUUAUUGCUAGAUGUUUAGGUACUUCCAGCUUUUUAAAAAAUUACAAAUAAUACAACUCUAAAAAUCUUUGAACAGUUAUUAAAAUGAAAAAAAAAUUCUCUUGGUAUUGUCAUUGUCUUGGUCAUUAUCAGCAAUGGCAGUAUUGGGUCAAAAGUAAUGAUUAUUUUUGUCACGUUUACUGCUAGAUUGCUGUCCAAAAAUUCCUUAGCAAUCUAGUUUGUUUUAAUAAACUUUUAUCACUUUGAUGGAUGAGAAGUAGUUUUAAUCUCCUUGAUCAGUGAGGUCAAACGUUUUUCAAGUGGUUAUUAACAUUUCAUUUCUUCUUCUGAAAAUUCAUACAUUGUGACCCUUUAUUGUGGAUUGGGUAUUCUGACUCCUUCAUUUUACAUAAAGCCCACGGAGAGGAAGUCACCUGCCCACCAUCAUACAGACAUUUAGUGGGGAAGCUGCCCUCACCAGUCUCCUCUGACUCUUCCAUAUAGCAGCAUAAGUGAUGGAGGAGCUGCACUAACUUCUUCCUUGCACAGCCCUAUUUGGGUCGGCUGGCUGGUAGCCUUUAUGAAGGCAUCAGGCAUGUUCUCACAGCACCACUGCGGCAUUAUUUUCCUAUCCUACAGAGGGUGGGCUGACUAGUACUUUGAGGGUUCUAGGGGUGACUGAGCAGCUGGGGUUGUUAGUGCUGAUGUGCUCCCAAACAAUAAUUAGGAAACAGGAUUUGCUGAGGAUUAACAAAGAACAGUUAGUAUAAAACGUUCACCUCCAAUUGGGGAUAUGCUCUCCCCUUGCAUUCACAUCCUUGGAAGAAUGGGUUCAGAUGUAAGGUACAAUGUGAGGCACAUAUGUCAAGAAUUCUGUGUGGCUAAGAGGUACCUCCUGACUCCUGGUCCUGGAAAUCCUUUUAUCCCUUCAGAGGCCUCAUGAAAUUCCUAGCUUUCUGUUGGGUAGGUGACCCGCUAAAGGGUUGAGCUGCUGUUGGUCUGGCUUGGGCUACUCUAUUGCUGUUCAUACUUUUUCCCCAACUUCUGCCUAGAUGCCAGAGGGACAACACCAGCUGCUGCGCUGGCUCCUCACUGGGCUGCCACCUUAUAAUUUCUAAUGACAUUUUAAUGCCCACAGUGUUUUCAUGGACACAUCCUCCUCAAACUUACUACUCUGUUACUUCCUGACUCCUGUGGCUACUGCUUCUAGCUCCAAAGAACUCUCUGAGUGUUUGCUUGUGGAACCUCUGAUGGGUUGUCUAGGCACUCUUAUCUCAGAAUAUUCCUUCACGUAAGAUCAAGAAAAAAGAAUAAACAAAAUAGAGGUACUGUAUGCUUGGCAACUAGAUAUGGGAAUUUGUCCAGCUAGUCUUUGCUCCCUGGCAGCUCAGAGCAGGCCCAGCUCACUGGCAACUGCCAAGGAAGAAGACAUAGGUGCAUUACCCCUUGUGAGUGUACCCUCUGUUUCAGUCAUCAGUUCUGGCUCUGCAGCCGAUGAGAAAACUGGCAUUACACAGCGCCAACUCUGCUUCCCUAAGGUUUCCAUGUACUUCUAGUGGAAGCAGGCAGGGAGUAUCUCUACAGGUGACCUAAGGAGUGCCCCUUAGGCCAGCUUAUCCCUAUUACAUUUGAAAACUGUUUGGAGCCCGAGGCUCCCAUCCCAGUCUUCCCUGCUCUUUCUCUAAUCCUAUUGUGCUUGUCUAUUUUUUCCCCCUAAACCUGCCACUCAGAGGCUUGCCUUGAGAGUGGACCUGGCUCUCUGUUAUAUAGCAGGGCUUUAGUGAGCUAACUACUCAGCCAUUAAACAGAUUUCUAGAGAGAGAAGCUGGAAGGCUGUUCCCCUGAGGAAGGGAACUCUGGGGAGAAGCUGAGAGUUCACUAAUUAGAUGCUGCUGAGAGAGCCAGAGACCAAUAACUGCAGAAUAACAGGGCCAGUGUUUCUGGGUUUUGCAUAAGGAAGGCGGCUUGUGGCAGAGAAGAAUCUUCACUGAGGCUUUGAACAUCAAGUAGGUAGCUGCCUCGAAAAAGGUGACUUCAUCUUUGACCUUAAUCUGGUUUACAUUUGGACCCCUCUAGAUCUAAAGAUUCUCCUUCCAAAAAAGGAACCAUUCUUCUGCUCCCUCUUAACCUCCAUGCCACAAUUUACUGCCUGAAACUUGGCAUCCACUCAGGUAACAGCUGGCAAGUAACACUUGCCACUAACCAAGCUAAAGUCGAAGCUAAGCACUUGAAGGUUGCAGCGUUUUUCACUAACACUAAUGAGGCUAGGUGUUGCCCUCAGACUCUUUUUCAGAGACAUCUUCCCACACACUCUGGGUAUUUUCCUCUCAUCUCUUACUCAUAUUAUCUUAAAAAGAAAAUAAAGCACACCAACUAAACCAAAGACCUCAAGUUGGCCAUCUCAAAAUGCAGCUGUAUCUCCCGCUGUUGGCUAUUGAUCAAAUCCAUUCCUGAAAAUGUUUGGGAAUAAAGUUUUUUAUAAAUCAAAUAUUAACAAAUAUCACUUCAGAUAUAUAUUCAUGGGAAACUGUAUGGCUCUGCUUGUGACGUAAGGAUUGCAUUUAAGAAUACGGCAACUCUGCCCCUCUUUCAGUGCAUAUUUAAAGGAGAAAUUAUUAUAUUUAAUAUUUUGUUAAACUCCUGUGGAAUUUCUUUUAAAAAAUCCUAGAUAUGGAAGCAACAUGCAUAUAUGAAAUAUAAUCAGUAUUGGGAGAUAGAACUAAUGCCCACCUCACAGCCUGCAAUUUCAGCUUUUACUACAUGUAGUUAUGUUUUGGGGACAAGAUUUAUCCAUCCCGUAAUAGACUUGAAUCCUUAGUAACAAGUGAUGCUAUUGUAGUGUUCUAUGAACUCUAUAAAGACUUUGCCCAGGGGCAGACGGCGGCCCAUCUGCCCACAUAUGGAAUGGAAUCUUUCCUUCAGGGCAAAGGUAAUGAACAAUACACUAGUUUCAAGAUGGUAAACAUGUCAUAAGGCAUUUAUUUCUGUAACAUCUCCUGUACCAAAUGUUACUGGAAAACCAUUAAAAAUUACAGAAGA